AUGGUACGCGCCUCAGUGGUCUGUAUAUCACACGGAGGAGGCCCCCUUCCUGUAAUCGGUGGACCCGGUCAUGGAGACAUCAUCCAUUCCCUAAAAACCCGAGUCCCUAAGAUCCUCAAGCUUGGUACUCCAGAAGCCCCGCGAGGCAUCGUCUGCGUGACUGCCCACUGGUCUGAACGUCAACCUACCGUCUCAUCCGCUAGCCACCAUGACCUCUACUAUGACUAUGGCGGUCUCCCAAGUGAAGCUUACAGCCUGAAGUACAAGGCCAAGGGGUCGCCUGCCAUCGCGGAAGAUGUCAAGAAGGUUCUUGCGGAGGAAGGUUUGGCACCUAUUCUCAAUAUGAAACGAGGUUGGGAUCACGGUGUCUUCAUCCCCUUCAUGCUUAUCAAUCCGGCUGCGGACAUACCCAUCAUUCAGUUGUCCAUCCUCGCGUCUGAAGACCCGGCUCAACAUCUCCGAAUGGGUCGCGCCCUUUCAAAACUUCUCGACUCCAACAUUGCAAUCUUGGGCUCUGGCUUCGCAUCUAUCCACAACAAUAGCAAAGUUGUUCCGUUGAUAAUUAACGAUACUAGGGCAUCUGCAAAGCUGAUCAAGGGCGUAGGCGAAUGGAAUGCAGCGCUGACAGCUGCAGUCACAAAGGAGAGAAUGGAAGAUAGGGCAAAGGCACUGGAGGGCUGGAGGGGUUUCGCUCAUAGCUAUGAGAUGCAUCCGCCAGGUGCUGCCGACCAUUUCAUGCCUUUGUUGGUGUGUGCGGGUGCGGCGAAGGACGAGGUAGCUGGGACGUACAAGGAUGAUUUCUUCGGGGUGGAUAUUUUGACGUAUUAUUGGAGUGAUAUCCAUGUUUGA